ACCUUAAUUAAAAUUUAAGACAUCUUGUUCUGUUCGUGUUCCAUUGAUCCACAGGAACAAAAAAAAAAAAUGACAACAGAACAAAUAGAACAACACAUGAACGAUGCUGAGAUCUACGUAGGGGAAGAAGUGUGCAAGCAGAAGACGCUGCUCCUCUUGGACGAGAUUCUCCUUCCGAGAGGGUUGCUCCCAUUGGAAGACAUCAUCGAAAUGGGUUACAACCGAAUCACCGGCUUCGUGUGGCUGAAACAGAGGCAAAAGAAGGUGCACCGGUUCGACGCCAUUGGCCGCACCGUGUCGUACGAGACGGUUGUGACGGCGUUCGUUGACGAGCACCGAAUGCGAAGGGUGACCGGUGUGAAGACGAAGGAGCUAUUCAUAUGGGUCACCAUCUCUGAAAUCUUCGUCGACGAUCCUUCUUCAGGUUGACUACUCGAAAUCGGGUUCCGCCAUGGGAGCUUCAUCAAAACUAAAAAAAAGGGCAUAUUUUUGAGCGAUUUUCAUCACAAAACAACCUAGAAAGAACA